AGGGUAACGAACAUUUCGCGUACAGGGCGAGUAGUAUGCUGAUGUCAGUUCUAAGUAAAAGUUGUAAAAGUCAAGUUCUUUGAAAUUCAUGUAAAUAAAUCGGAAAUCAGUGAAGUUUAGUGUCUGUUGAAGAUAGUUUGAUUAGUUUUUAUAGUUUAGAAGAAUUAACAAUUUUAGUGAAACACAGAGGACAAAUAAUUCUUCAUAACCUCAUUUUUGAAAACAAAAUUUCUUCUAAAAAACUUCUUUAGAUUUGAAAAUAUACGGUUUUUAAUGUGUAAACAAUGAAAAUAAGUACUAUUUAUCACAUGUAAGUUUAAAUCGUGAAUAUUAGAAGAAAGGUUUUGACAGAACUUGCUAGACACGCAUCUUUUAGAUUCUAAUAUCUGUAUCUUUUUUUAAUGAAUCAUGAAUGUGAAAGAUGAACGACACGAUGAAGCUGAGAUUAGAGAAAUGGCAGCUAAACUUAAAGAGGCCAACAAGGCCAAAACAGCUUCACCCCAAAUGCACCAGCAACAAUUUUUAAAUUUUUUAAGUGCGGGUGAGAAAUCUAAACCUAAAAAUAAUGCUGGUACAAACGAAGCUGAUGUCAAAUACAUUGAUGAAGAGUCUGUAAAGGGUAGAUUUGGAUGGACUACGAUGAGUAAAUGCCAUAUUCCAUAUAUUUUUAGAUCUGGAGAGAAAUAUUGUGCAGUGAGAAUGGUAGAAAUGAAAUUGUUUAAUUUUCUGUAUAAUUCUGAUUUAUGCAACUGUGUAAACAUUCCAAGUUAUUACAUAACUGAAGCUGAAGCUCGUUUGUUAAAUGAAAUAAACUUCAAACAUUGUGACCUCCAGUUCGGCAGUGUACAGUUUUCAUCCCGGGACCUUAUAGUUAGACUAAUGGACGCUAAUGAGUUUUAUCAGUUUUUAGAACAUUGUUAUGCAAAGUUAAGAUGUAAUCAUAUUGAGAACGUGAAGAACCUGGGUCGUUGUGGUUUCGUUCGCAUAAACAAGGAAUCAGUGGUACCGUUUACCUUACACAACGAACAAAAAUAUGUACCUCUCUUCUAUUUCGAAGGCGAAGUUGACAACCUUCGCCAAAGAGCAGAAAGAUUAGAAGGCUGGGGUUUAGCCUACCUAAAAUUUUGUUGUAAAGUGCAGGGAAUUAGGAAUGAGUUGUUUGCUCAUGAAACUUGUUCAGUGAUUAGCUUAAAUGAUAUUAAGAACUAUUUCCCGCCGGGAACUAUAUUUGAGGAUUACUGGCCUAAAAAGAGUCUAGAAUCACAAGUUAUUUUUGAUAAAACAUCUAAACUUACAAAAGAUAAUAGUAUCCAGUGGAUUCGGCAACCGACUGCACCUCCUUAUAUAUAUUCGUCACCAUCUCCAAAUCCACCAACACAAAUAAAGGUCACUAAUGGUCAGAUACACAAUGUGCGCAUGUAUCCCAACUAUACGAUCGCAGGAGGACAACCAUAUUACCAUGGAACUCAAACGAGACCUACUAAUGGCGCAGUCUUAUAUUUACGCUCAUAACACUGCACCAUUGUAUUAUAAAUAUGCUUAGAUAAAUAGUUAUUUAUUAUAAAUAUACAAUAUAAAACAGA